AUGACCACCAACAGCAUCAACGGCGUCAAUGGCGCGAAGCCCCAGGGCACCUUCCUCUUCACCUCCGAGUCCGUCGGUGAGGGCCACCCCGACAAGAUCGCCGAUCAGGUCUCGGAUGCCAUCCUCGACGCCUGCCUGGCCGAGGAUCCCCUCUCCAAGGUCGCCUGCGAGACGGCGACCAAGACGGGCAUGAUCAUGGUCUUUGGCGAGAUCACGACCAAGGCCAAGCUCGACUACCAGAAGAUUGUCCGCGACGCCAUCAAGGACAUUGGCUACGACGACUCGGCCAAGGGCUUCGACUACAAGACGUGCAACCUGCUCGUCGCCAUCGAGCAGCAGUCCCCCGACAUCGCCCAGGGCCUGCACUACGAGGAGGCGCUCGAGAGGCUCGGCGCCGGCGACCAGGGCAUCAUGUUCGGCUACGCCACGGACGAGACGCCCGAGCUCUUCCCCCUCACGCUCCUCUUCGCCCACAAGCUCAACGCGGCCAUGUCGGCGGCCCGCCGGGACGGCUCCCUGCCCUGGCUGCGUCCGGACACGAAGACGCAGGUGACGAUCGAGUACAAGCACGACAACGGCGCCGUCGUGCCCCUGCGCGUCGACACGGUGGUGGUGUCGGCCCAGCACUCGCCCGACAUCACGACGGAGGAGCUGCGGAAGCAAAUCAAGGAGAAGAUCAUCCAAAAGGUCAUCCCCGCCAAGUACCUCGACGACCGGACCAUCUACCACAUCCAGCCCUCUGGCCUCUUCAUCAUCGGCGGCCCCCAGGGCGACGCCGGCCUCACGGGUCGCAAGAUCAUCGUUGACACGUACGGCGGCUGGGGUGCCCACGGUGGCGGUGCCUUUUCGGGCAAGGACUUUUCCAAGGUUGACCGGUCGGCGGCCUACGUCGCUCGGUGGAUCGCCAAGUCGCUCGUGGCGGCCGGUCUCGCCCGCCGGGCGCUCGUGCAGCUCUCGUAUGCCAUCGGCGUCGCCGAGCCGCUGUCCAUCUUUGUCGAGACGUACGGCACCUCGUCCAAGUCGUCGGACGAGCUGGUCAAGAUUGUGCGCAACAACUUUGACCUGCGGCCCGGCGUCAUCGUCCGGGCCCUCAACCUCGACCGGCCCAUCUACCUGCAGACGGCCAAGAACGGCCACUUUGGCACGAACCAGUCCUUCAGCUGGGAGCAGGCCAAGAAGCUCCAGUUCUAA